GCCACGUUUCUAGGUUGGGUCCUAUCAAGUUCAAUUUCUAAAUAUGUAUUUUUAGGUUUUAACAUUGUGCCUCGCAAUACACCCGAAACAUUUGGAGACUUUGAGCAAAGAUCGAUCGUGGCAAAGUUUUAUCACAGAUUUGGUAUUACUCUGCAAUCACAGGUACGUUAUUGAAACCAUCUAUAACACAGCUCAAAAUAUCCUGGUCCUAGAAGCGCUUAAUGAACGGUAACCAGGGUAAGCUCAGAACAACAUUGUUGUUCAUUCCGCACGCUCUCUCUAACUGAAGUUGGUUUGAUCACUGGUAUUUUACCCGAUGACUAAAUUAACGUGGCAGUUAAGUCCGUUCUGCUCAUGGUCGUGGUUUGUUUAUCUAUUCUCUUUUGAAACGUAUUAAAAUAAUGUUGCAACCUGCACUCACAACUACGUAGGUAUUUGACAAUGUGUUAUAGCUUUAUUUUGAUGAAAUUAUGUAUAUUAAACAAGUACAUGAUAAUUGUUAUAUUUCUUAUAACUUGAAAUACUAAACUAUAAAACACGCGCCCUUGUUGUUGUCGUCCUUCAGCUUAUUUCAUGCAUGCCGGUUCAAGCUGGUGAAAUAAGCAUAUUAAAUACAAGAAAAGAAAAAUUUGACCUCUGUGUUCAGUAGUAAAUACAUAAACAACUGAUAUACAGUGUGAGUCUAUACCAUUAUGCCCACCAUGCACUCCACCCACCGCUGUCACAUGACAUGUAACUGAACAACGUUUCUCAGUAUUAUCUAAAACAGGUCUAAAAUAGUUUAAUCAAAUUCACCGUCGGAAUUUCCAUAUUCAAAAAGCCUUCAAUGUUUCAAUUAUUUAGUGCUUUAAGAUGGUACGUCGUAGAACAAUUCUUCCUUAUGGCAACCCGAUGUUCAGAUGGCCACAGACCGUUGAUUUUUCUUAUCACUUUGUUAUUUUCUGUUUUAACGGUAAGUUAUUUUUUCUAUAUUUCUCGAAUUAAUGUGAAAAUUUUAUCAAAACAUAGACUUCCAAUCGAAUACAAAUUGCCACGCUUGAACUUAUGGAGAGAUAAGCACACUGCCUUGGCAAAGUAAUUAUUAAAUCAAAUUUUACUACCUCAUAUUUUCGUACAGUCAUUUUAUUAUACACAUGUUUUGACUAUUUGUUAUUGACAGGGUUAAUUGUUUGCGUUAAUGCUUAUUUAAUAUUUUCUUUUUUUGUCUUUGGUUAGCAUCCGAGCUCCUAAGUAACGACAACUUUCAAAUUUUUAAAACCCUGCCUUAUACGCGUGUAAUUUUGUAAUGUUUAUUUUAUUUCACUCUAUGCAGACAAUAGUGGAAGACAACCCUGGAACAAGUGGAGAAUAUUUCACACUGCUCUCAAAGUAAGUCAAAUGAUUCACUCCUGCGGAGUCGUGUAAGGAGUCCUACGCUUUCGUAAUCACAGACAGGAAUUAACAUACCGAAUAAUAAAAUAUUUCUCUUGCUCAAUUGUCGUAAGUAAGCCUCCAUUUUUUUUUCAAUACGACACAGUGAUAGAGAAAUCUAAUAAAAAUAUAUUGAAAACACAAAUGUUUUGUUCACUUUUCCUACAACACCGCCUUCUUUCAAGAACAAUUGACCACGUUACCCCCCCCCCCCCCCCCCAACCCCCAAUGGUCUGUCGCGUACGCACAGUCCGCCAUGUCACAUCCUGUUUCUAAUUCUACUGAUCUAAGUAAUUAAUCUGAACUAACGAAUCUCCAGCACAAUGACGAGAAUCCCAGGAACAACUAAAUAAAAUAAAUGUUAUGUUUUGUGCUUUUUAGGUUAUUAAAUUUUGCUCACACUGUAACUGCACCGUAUUCAACAGCAGAGAAGUUAUUAGCGAAUGAAAUCGCGUGGUUGAAGAGAGCAAAGGUUCGAUACUAUGCCCAGUACAUAUACAGCCGGCCAUCUUGAAAACCUUCUUGACUAUUAACAGGGCACUUAUAAGUAUUUCACUUAUUCGUGGUACAUAUAUAUAGGGCUAAUGGUAACUCAAAAACAAUUUCCAUUAACUGUUUAUCCAGCUAGGAAUUUAAGUUCUUGGGAGUGUUUCUAAAUUUCCAGGAUGUGUUCAUGCCAAUUACCUUGAUAGCCAACGAUUCCAGUUAUGCUCGCCAACAGUAGACUGUGGUUCUAUAUUUUACAAUCAAAUACAAGGCGAGCAUACGCAUUAAGUUAUUUUAGCAACUCUUGGGCAGUUGGGAGCAUCUAAAGCCAUUUAACACUAUACGGUUCACAUUACCUAUAUAUUCAUCAAAACAUUAAAACAUCGCGGAUCACAUUUACCAAUUUCAACAAACUAGAUCUUACUAACUGUCUUACGACUUAAAUACGAGGAAAUUCUGUCUGUUGUAAGUAGCAACACACUGUAUUUUAUGAACCUACACGGCUAUAUAUAAAUAAUGAAGCCGCCCUCAUUUGAUCUACGUAGCCUAAGACACUGUUAGCAUGACGUUUUACUCCUCACAAGCCGAAGGAAGUCCUUGGUUGAUGGAGGGUUCUCUUGAGUCCUGUUAUCUUCGAAGUGAGACAUGCUUGUAAAUUUUAUCCACUCAUGUAAAGCAUGGAAUUUUUGUUCAUUCAACUCAUUUGUCUUUUGUUAUAAUUUUCAUUUCCGUCCCAAACCCUAAAAUAAAUGAUGACUGGUCCUUUGGCUAAAUGUAAAGAAAUUUGUGACCAUAUUUUGAAUAACUAAAAAAGAGUUAAAUUAACAAACUAUUAUGCUGGGGUUGUUCCCACGAACAGAGUGUGUCUGGUGCAGUGCUGUAGUAUUCUGGAUAGAAUCAUUACUUUGGGCGCGCCACCAAAUUACAACAACAACAAUUUUUUAUAUAUGUUUACUGACAUAACCUAAACGAAUUAAUCUCGAUUUUUAUGUUUAGGAUUUGGUAAAAUCUUCUGGAAGUACCGAAGCUGUUGCGGGUUGUUUGCUAGAAGGACAUCUUCUUAUUACGAGAGAACUGUUAUUGUUUUUAAGUCCAACGAAAAAACAUCAAGUUGGUUGCCACUCUAAUGGACCUUGUCUUGUCAAGGUAGAACGAUCGUUAUGUCAAAAUAAUAGAGAGGUUAAGAUACCCGGUUCCGUUUUACGGGUACGAGUAUCGCCAUUUUGUUUACCAAUUUUUGCUGAUGUCAGCAUUUUACCCGUAAUUUCUACCCGUUUCCCCGCAGUAAACCAAGGUCUACACGUAAAAGACAAACGGGUACGGGUGUUUUCUGUUUACUAUUUGUGGGCCGUUUAAAUAGUAAAAAUUUUCAACAGACUUACCCAAAUAAAUAAUGCACUUAUGCUCGUCAAAGUCUUCAACAAUCUAUGGCAAACCUCAACAGCGAAAGCUGCCAUUCUCUGAUAGGUUUACUCACGCCGGAAUAUCUUGGAUUUCUUAUGUUACAAGUCGUUCCCCGGUUUACGGGUACGGGUACGUGUAUAUCACCCGUACCCGUAAACCGGAACCGGGGUAUCUUAACCUCUCUAAUAUUGCAAUUGACCUUUCCAGUAAUUACGUCACAACUACAUUGUUUUCAACUUAGGACCACCUUAAAUCACGCUUAAAUGGAAUGGAGUUCAAGUUCUUUCCCACUGGCUAUGCGCAAAGAAGCAGAACAUCCUUCUUUAACACAUGCAUGAUAAAAAAUGUAUUAUUUCGACCAAUAAAUGCGGGAAUAAGCUUUAACACGAAAACGAGGCUGAGGGGCCCAAAGGAGCCAUGGCCCCUCAGCCUCGUUUUCGUGUUAAAGCUUAGUCUCACAUUUAUUCGUCAAAAUAAAUAAAAUCGUUUUCAUGCAUGUGUUGAAGAAGGAUGCUCUGCUUCUUUGCGCAUAGCCAGUGAGAAAAAAAUUGAAAUCCAUUCCAUUUAAGGUGAUCCUAAGUUGAAAACAACGUAGCUGUGACGUAAUUACCGGAAAGGUCUAUUGACGUUGCAUUAAUGUUUCACUAUAAACAUUUUAUGUGUGGAUGGGGUUUAUGGGGGGGGGGGGAGUACCAAAUCUAUCCUUAAUGUAUUUCCAACUAAAUUUUGGUCCCUAAUUCUGAAAAGCUUACACCAGCUCGGCUCUUGCCGACGGUAUUUCCUGGAACACUGCAUGCCUCAAUGAUCGCGUCGUGCUUGAUGAUCAUCGAUCACGAAGCACCCGCUAUCAGAUCAGGCUUGAUACAUCUCUGGUUUUAUGAAACUUUUUUUUACCGAAAUUUAAAGUAUGUAUUGUGAUGUCUUCGCCUGGUAGAAUUAUAUUUCGUCGACUAUGCACGAUUAACAUUCACAAUUUUUGGGCGUCUCGCUCUCGAUAGAACUGAAUGUUGAAUGGUUUAUAUGUUCAAGGUUUACUGUAUGUUCCUAUUUUCGCAGCUACUGCGUGAGUUAUCAAAUCCGAUAAUGAUUACUUUUUAAUAUGCAUGCAGGGCAGGUUAUAUUUUUUGUUGCUUUCCGUACAAAGCCAAGAAAUAUUGCAUUAUUUCGUAGUCCUAUUUAAUUUUCAUUAUAUUACUUUUUUAGGAAUUAUUAGAUGAGUUUAUUUUCCCAGCAUCAAAAAUCGUCAUAGAGUCAAGAAAAUGUGGAGGUAAACCUAUUAUUUAAUUCCAGGUGUUUAUUUGAAGUUUGUCCAAAGGCUACAAGUAUGUGUAUUCAGCUGUAUAGGUAUCUUUUUAACACAAACCAAAAUCCUGAUAUUUGCCCAUACACCUACGUUGGUAUCACCUUAGUAUCUUUUUAAUACAACCUCUUACCCAGGCUCGUUAUAAGAGGAAGGAGCGAAGUUACAUUAAAAGUAACGUUAAAAGUUACGCCCAAAAUAUUUUCAUCUAUGGAAAAUCUCACCCUCUGAAAGGGGAAAUGUCUUGCUCUGAUACAUGGUGGUGGGUUUGCCCAUAUUGAGGUAAAUCCGAAGCCCAUGCACGAUUUUGUAGGAUUUAUUCUCAUAUUAAUACCUUUUAACGUUGUAGUGGGUGUUUACGUUUAUUACUGGUGAUUGUUUAGAUGUGUGGGAUAAACCAGUGAUCGCUGUAUGUAAUACGUCACCAACCCUUGUUGCUGCGUUUGAGUUAUUGGUGUCAUUGUGUGCUGGUUGUAUUGAGAAUCUGCAGUAUGUCGCUAAUGCACUCACAGAAUUGUAUUACUCAGGUACGAUCCGUCAGCUCCUUAAUGAUCUCCAUUGUUAAACACUGUAAUAACUUUACAAACUUUCGGAGCGCGUUGCAAAUGCUAUUCGAGAAUGACCUUUCGUCCACUUGCGUGAAUGAAUUGAGAAUUUUUUGAGCUUUGCAAAACACGCUCGACUUUUCGGAUAGCUCUCUUUCUCAACUCCUUACCAUCGGAAAUCCAUCAAACUUCAAGGCUUGACAAUUACUACACCUAAGUGAAUGGUCAGUUCAUUUGUGUUUUUUUUAUAUCUGAAUUAGAAGGAUAUUGCAUAGGGUUUAAUAGUUGAAAAAGCUCGGGUUUUAGCUACCCUUUAGAGACGUUGAGAAAAUAUGUACAUUUAUGUGGGGCUAUCCGCUUCCUUUCAUCCUCCGCCAACUGUGUUUAUUCAUGUUCUGUAUGCAGGAAAUGAAAUGCCUCUCUUGGAGUGGGAAUACACUCCUCCUAUUGGACCACGACCUAUGAGAGGAUUUGUUGGAUUGAAAAAUGCAGGAGCGACGUGUUACAUGAAUUCUGUCAUUCAACAGGUAUGUUGAUAUACAGUACUAGCAGCAAUGCGAAACUUCGUUACCCGAUUAUUUUAAAAAUAAUCAUCUUUGCGAUUAUUUACCGAUUAAUCGUCUCAUUUCUACCAGAAAUGAUGUUUCCACAACGGAGUCUCCUGUUUUGUCCAGGGUUUAAUUGAAGUAAUCAACAUUGGAUUUUGUAAUCAUGCCCUCGUAUUUUAUACUUUCGUGAGAAUAGUAAAAUCCUAUGCAGGUUUGAGAGGAGAGGGGUGUUGGAGAGGAGGGUUUAAUAUGGGAGAAGCAGGCUUAUUGUAUGCAUGGCUUAUUAGAAGCAGGCUUAAAUGAGGCAUAAACGAGGAGAGGCAAGAUUAUUGGCUUAGAAAGACAGCGGCGAAGUAGCGGAGCUAUCCAUGGCAACAGUAAAGACAUUACAUUUCUAAAGUUUUGAAUAAUUUAUAAAUCAAAUGAAAAACUUGCAUAGCAUGACCAGCUGCUACGGCUAGCUUCGCCACUGAACUGGCGUGAUUGAUCACAAUAAACCUUCGGGAAAAGAAAUAAACCUUGAAGUACACAUUCGUUUUUGUAUUAUGAAGGGGGAGUCUCCAGGGUGGGGCUUAAUAGAUUUCUUCCUGAUAUUUGACAUUUAUCUUUAUUAAAUAAGAUAGGGGAUUUGUUUUAGAGGUUUUAAGAUAUUAUAGCUUCUUUGUACUGUAGUUAUUCAAAUUCGUAACGUCUAUAUGAUCGAUUAAAGGCUCUUUUCCAUUUGUUACAAAAACCAACUUGCUGCGAGUGCUUGCAUCUAAUUUAAAUAAACUGUCGAGCAUUGUGAUUGGAUGAAAGUAUUCGUAGCGAGCUUGCGAGUUGACUCUUGUGAUGAAUGGAAAAGAAACCUAAGUGAUCUAUUUUGCUUUUUUUUAUUCUAGUUGUUCAUGAUUCCUAAGAUUCGAGAAGGCAUCCUAGCUGCGGAGGAAACACUAACAUUACCAGACGAAGAAUGUUUGAAUGAGGAGGAGAAGGCAGAAAGUGAAAGUACUGUUGAUACAGGAUAUCAGUCUGAAGACUCGAAAGACAAUAGUAAUGAGAAAGAUAAUAACAGAGAAAAGGAAGCAAAACUGAACUUAGAAUAUCAAACGUCUAUAUUAAAACAAUUACAGUUUAUAUUCGGUCAUCUCAGUGCAAGUCAGCUACAGUAUUACGUACCUCAAGGCUUAUGGAAAACAUUUAAGUAAGUAUUAAACAGUGAUAUGCAGAAAUGUCAUUUCUGAAAUAUACAAAUUGAAGUUGCCUGUCACCUUUGAAGCUUGAAGUAAAUGCACCCCUGCGUUCAGGAGCUAAAAAUACCCAUUUACACGUGGGUAGACAGUAGCAGCGAAAAUAUUCGAUUUUCUAGGGAAUCUAUAUGCAUUUAUUCUCCUUAAAUUGUCAGUCUCUUACUAAGACGUUGUCUUAAAAGAUGCCAUGCAUGAUGUGCGUGGUUUUAGAGACGUUGAGAAAAUAAUAUGUACAUUUAUGUGAGGCUGUUCGCUUCCUUUCAUCCUCCACCAACUGUGUUUAUUCAUGUUCUGUAUGCAGGAAAUGAAAUGCCUCUCUUGGAAUGGGAAUUGCCAAUUGUGGUUACGAUUGACAUGGCUGCGGUACUAUCUUGAGUUACAGCGGGUGUGUUCAAAUAGUGAAAUUCGUACUAUGGAAAUAAUAUUUACAUUACUAAAUCCGUAAUACAUAUUCAAUGUAUGGAACCAUUAUUAUGCAAAUUGAUUUCCAUACUAUUUCCAUAGUAAGGAUUUUGGAAAAAGAAAUUCAAUGUACAACGCCAUGCGGUAGGGUUUUCCCUUCCCAACUUCUGAAGGAGUAAUUCAGAUUCCUGUGUAGUAAGACAUUCAAAGUAUGAGAGAGAAAUAACAACGUUUAUCUUUCUCUCACAGAUAUCAAGGUGAACAAGUAAACCUCCGAGAACAACAUGAUGCUCUGGAAUUCUUCAAUAGUUUAAUUGAUAUUUUGGAUGAAGGAUUAAAAGCGUUAGGGCAUGAACCUGUUCUUAUCCGGAUACUUGGAGGAACUUUCGCCGAUCAAAAAAUAUGUAAAGGCUGUCCACACAGGUUUGUUUGUCUUUUGUUUAUGUUGUUCACGCUCUGUUAAUUAAUUAGUAGAAUAAUCAUUAUUAAAAAAUUAAUUAAUUAUUAUUAAGUAAAGCAGCUAAUUGUCAGUGUAUUACUUAUAGUUAAUUAGUUACGUAAUUAGUUGGUCAGAUAGUUCACAAGUUAGUAUAAAUUGUUUGUUGUAUGUAACAAGUUACUUAGUAAUUUAGUUAUUUUGUGACAUGGUUACCAAGUUAUGAAUGGUUGAUUGAGUAAAUGUCAGAAUAAGUUCCUUGUACGUUUGCAUGGCGAUAAAACAUAUAAUAGUUUUGUUUGUGGAAACACCGCGUGAAUUUAUUACUGCAAAGCUUUCGAUCCGUAAGCCCGGAUCUUCAUCAAUGCUAAUAAUAAAUUUACGUGGUGUUUCAACAAACAAAACUAUUAAAUGUCAGAAUAUUUCUCACUCGAUUGAACUAACGUUGAAGGAGAUUGUAGUGGAAAUUUGGACUGUAUAAAUUGUAUACAUUUAUUUAUAGAGCGAACCAGGAACAGCUGUGAAAAAUGUAUCUAUAUGCCUUCUGACAGGAAGCAAACCUGUAGCCCUGCGUUUCCAGUGCAGUUCUAACCAGCUCGACAAUUGGGCUCUGUGGCUUGAUUCCUGCCAGAGGGCAUAUAUAUAGUUACAUUUCUCGUAGCUGUUCCUGGUUAGAUCUAAAUAAAUGUAUAAAAUUUAUACAGUCGAAAUCUCCAUCUACAAUCUCCUUCAACGUCAAUGGUCGAUUGCGUAUCUCGUUCGUUGUUUCCUUCGUUGUUUGGCUAUUUCCUAAGUAAGGUAGUAGAUAGUUCAUUGAUGAAUAUGUCUUGUGCGAAUAAAAUAAUUUUAUGCACCAGAGUAUGCAUUUCUACUGAAAAUACGUAAUGUGCAUGAUUGUUUUCUGUUUAGGUAUUCCAAAGACGAUCCAUUUAUUGCACUAACUAUUGAUAUUCGCAAUCAUCAAAACCUCAUUGAAUCACUUGAUCAGUUUGUAAAAGGAGAUCUACUUGAGGGGGCUAAUGCUUAUCAUUGUGAUAAGUGCAAUAAAAAGGUGGGCGGAUCUACACAUUAUUUAUGCGGAGUAUUUUCUUAGGUUUGCAUUCUACAUUUGCCGAACUGUGCCAAAUAUCCAAACCGAGUUUUGCAUGAAACACUCCAGGAGAACAGUAAUAAGUUAAUUAAUCCAGUAUUUAAUUCCGCAGGGCGCUUAUACAGUGGGCGGCGUACCUAAUUCAUUGCUGUUUUUUGCCCAAAGUACGAUCGUGCCAGUCUUUCCGCAUCGUACUUUGAUAAGCACGAUAUGACAGCGUUGCCAUGCCUCGUUAUGCCUCGUAUAUAAGCGCAUUGAUCCAACUGUAACCCAUUGAUCUGACAUUUGAUGUUAUUUUAGGUUGACACCGUGAAACGAAUGUGUUUCAAGAAACUACCUAAAGUAUUAGCUAUCCAGCUCAAAAGAUUUGAUUACGACUGGGAAAGGUACAAAUUAUUUGCAAAAUAUUUUUUCAUUUUAGUUCGUAAUUCUCGUUGGAUUGAUUGCUUUGCUUCACUGCUAACUAUCGCAAGCAUCGUCUGUGAUAGUUACUGCAAGCAUCGUCUAUGAUGAAGUUUCAUUCAUCAACACUUUAUCACACAAACUUAAAAUUAUUUAAGUUCUGUGUAUGUUUGCAUGGCGAUAAAACAUAAAAAAAUGGAAAGGCAGAGGGAAAAGAAGAGAAACAUUUCCGUGGGUAAUUCAUGAAAAUCAGUGUUUCCACUUUCCAAAAUGAUUUUUUCUAAUUUUUUCCUAAUGGAAAGUAACUUAAAUAAAUAUGAAAAGCUUUACUGAGAAUUGCAAAUUUACUAUAUAAUAACUUAUAACUGGCUAAUUUAUAAUUUAGGUAUUUUAUUCUAUCUUGGGGAGGGGAGAAAUAUACUAUGUCACAGUAUUACUAUUAGGUACAGGCCUUUGAGGCUGAUGUAGUAAAGAUAUGGGGAAAAGAAUCGAAUCUGAAAAGAAGGGGGGGGGGGAAUCAAAGUUCAUUGAAGAAUAUACACCCCUGAAUUUAUUACUAUUAUUUAAAUUAUUUGCUUAAAAAGAACAUCUUAAUGCUCAAUCUUGGCUAUAGAAGAUAUUGGGUUUAGAGCCCUUUACUUUGUUACAGGUCACAUAUGUACGAAACCAUAUUGUUAUAUCAAUGAAUAUAAAAUAUAAAUGAAUAUAAAAUAUGACAUAAUUUAUAAUUAUGUCAUCAGUAACAAGAUAAAGGGCUCUGAAGCCAAUGUCUCAUCACGGAAACGAGGCUCAAUAACCACAGCUCAGUGCUUUCUGGAAGGGUAUAUUAAGAUCGAUUUUUGGCUGUCAGAAUUAAUAAGGGGCAGUACUUCCUUAGUCUCCGCCACUAGUAGUAUUGGUCCAAAGAGUUUCACAGCUUUGAUUUGUUUUGUGUUGUUUUCAUUAUCAGGGAUGUUGCUGUAAAAUUUAAUGACUACUUUGAAUUUCCAAGAGAGUUUGAUAUGGAACCAUAUACUGUUGAAGGACUAGCAAGAAUUGAAAGUAUGCGUUUCAGUUGUGGAGUAGUAGUAAUGGCUAAACAGAUAGUUAUUACCAAACAUACAGGGUUAUCAGUUUGACCCAUACCCCAAGGGACUACGUCCCAGAUAUAUUGAACUUUUGAAAUAUAAAUAUAAAAUUUAAAUACGAAUGGUUUGACGAAAUGGAGAGUUAUCUCCAGAACGUUAAGUUUGAGAGUUUAAGUUCGAGGCACACCUAAACCACGCCGGCUAUUAUCUCUCUUGCAUGAAGGAACUGAAAUAAAAUUGCCCUCACUUAUGUCAGUGAGUGUCUUAAACCCUCAGAGUUUUAUAUCUUUUUUCUAAACAUAAAGCAUAUUAGGGUUUAGAAUUGGUUUGUUCAAUAAAUUAAACAUAAUAAGCUGCAAAAUUCAUUUUGUUAAAUUUCUGUUUGAUCAGAUGAAUCGGCAGAAGAAAACGAGAACAACACAGAAGUGACAGAACAUAGUGGUAACGAUCGUAGAGAACACCCAAGUACAAAAUAUCGUUUAGUUGGUGUUGUCGUACAUAGUGGACAAGCAUCUGGCGGACACUAUUAUUCGUAUAUCAGGUAUGACUCACAAGCACUGGGGAACUUAUACAACGGAGCAGCUGAAACAUUUUAAAUUCUUGAUGUUUCGUGAAAUGUUUCCCUGUUUGCUCACCCUGUUUGUUGACAGGGUUCGUACGCCCCCUGGAAAUCCUGGAAAACAUUUCUGCACGCCUGUUUGACUCAAAGCUUCAGAAAAUAGAACUUCUAUUGAUCCAGACAAGACUUCUUGGAAAAUAUUUUCAAAUAUAUAAACAAACUGUUGGAAGCUUGCUUUAGGGUUUUUUAGGUUAACCUAGGAUUAAGGUAAUCGAUUUUUGAUUUAAACAAUAUUUAAUUUAAGAUCAUGCAGUAGAUAAUAGUAAUCACAUAUCCUAAAUAACUGUUGAUAAAAUUCCGUUUUUUGUCAAUUUUAGAACAACAGCUCAUGGUUAUACGAAUUGGUUCAAAUUUGAUGACGGAGAUGUCAGUGACUGUAAAAUGGAUGAUGACGAGGUACCUUACUGUGUUAUUGUGCAGUACCUUACUAUUUUCGUUUUUACUCUGAAAAUCGUGGUACAACCUGGAGUAAUUUUCCGUGCAUGUCAGUCAUUUCAUUGGAGUUAUUUUCAGUGCAUAAGAUUAAUUAUUAUGGCCUUACCUGGAUGUAUAAUAAAAAUCAUUUUGUAUAAUUUGAACGUGUUCAGGAAAUGAAGACGCAGUGUUUCGGUGGUGAAUAUAUGGGCGAAGUGUUUGAUCACAUGAUGAAAAGGUGAGAUACCAUAAUUAGUACAUAACAUUGUAUUAUUGAAAUAGAUGAUUGUUAUGGGAAUGCAUCAUUCCAUUUUAGUGGACCUUUGCGUAAUAUACUUUCCAUAACAAUAGUGCCAUCACGAUCCAAUGCUCAGAAUAUUCCAUUGACUUUUCGUUGUUUUGGAAAUCCUACUGUUUUCCAUGCCAUCUAGCACUUAUUGUUUUCACUUAUUUACGCAAAUGACCUACUGACAUAUAUUUGGUGGAUUGAAUUGAUGGUAAAACUACAGUAUAAGUUUCGGAUAAGAAUUUUCCAUUGUCUCGAGGCCAGUUGUACGAAGGCUGGAUCGGAUAGUGAUUUUUCAAUCUUCGUAGAAAUGCCUAAUAUUCUGUGAAACUGCAGAUAUGAUCCUUACAAAUCUCAUUCUUUCUUUAUAAUUUUAGAAAGUUUGAAAGAAAUACUUAUCUUUUGGAUAGCCCUAUCUGGUUUUCGUACAACCGGCCCCUGCGAAUUGUUUCUUUGCUCUAUAUAUACAUGUGGCAUACAUGCAUGUCUGAAUGAUAUGCCUCUUUUUAUUAGGAUGUCGUAUCGUCGUCAAAAAAGAUGGUGGAAUGCUUACAUUUUAUUUUACGAAAGAAUGGAUGAUCAAGAUAACUAUGGCAACGUUGCUCUUACGAAAGGUAAAUUCCAACUACAUAAUUAUAUCAUCUUUGAUCAUACCUGUAAUAUAGCCUAGAUGCGGGCACCCAGCCUUAACAUUUGGCUGGCUCCUAUGCGCAGGCUAUAUUAAAUACCAAAAAGAUUUGACAAGCGACGUAUAUACAAUAUCGAGCGUCGAAGGAUGAUGAUAGACGUUUCUGCUUGACGUGACAUGAUUGCCCUUCAUCAUUUGAAGAACUGCUGUCGCCACAAUUUAUGUGUUUGACGUCCUUGUUGUCAAAAACGUGACAUGCUUUUGUUCGAUGUCCUACUCAGACCAUCCUGAUCGCAGGUUAUGUACUUGUGCACCAUCGCAUAUUGUUACGACGUUUUAUGGUUAUACGAUAUUUUGAUGGGUUAUUUUCGUUCAUGUGAUUGUCUGCUAUAAAAACAGCGAACGUGCAUUCAACUGUUUCUUCUUACUAACUAUCAUGACAAAGGCACUCGAAACGCCCGAAUCCUUCGCUUGUAUCCCUCAAGCUGGAAGUACCAACGAUUUCCAACCGCCACAGGCAUGUCUUCAUCGCGUCUUUCAAGUGUUAUUCAUUUGCUUUUAGAUUUUAAAAUCCCAGGUGUAAUUGAACAGGAAGUCAGAAAACAAAAUAUGGAAUUCUUACACAACAGAAUACAGUUUUCGAAUGAAUAUUUCGAUUUUAUAAGAAAACUAGUAACGGUGAAUAUUAAUUUAGACUCGGUAAGUACAUCAGCUAUGUUUAAAACUAACUUAACAGGGCUCCAUGAAAGUAACCGGUUAGUAAAAAUUUUGCUAUGUUGCAGUAUUUAUGAUGAACGCCUGUAUAAGCGAUACGAGACGAGGGGCCAGAGGGAGGCUGCAGCCCCCUCCCCCCCCCCCCGCAAUAUUGAAGUUGGGAAAUUAGAAACGUAAGUUGGCCAAAAUGCAAAAAAGUCGGGCAAAUUUUUUACGUACGCCUAUGAAUGCAUGAUCGUCAAAACGUUGAAUAAAAAUUGCUUUGCCGCCUUUAGAGUUAUGUGGCAGUCAGAUUAAAAUCUUGUGUUAAUAAUAAUUUUUGUUUGUUAGGAGGAUGUUGAAGAUCUUUCAUUAAUCAGUAUAACACUAUUAUCCAAAUUUUUGUUUACAUGUGGAUUACGGACAAAGAAAACGAUAAGGUUAAAAAAACCAGGUUUCCAUAUGGCCGUAAUAGUCGUAAAGAGUGAGUCGCGAUCCGAAAUACAACAAUUUAGAACUGAAAAUAUACAGGGUGAUUCAGGGUCUUAGCUAGCGGGCCGUGUUGACCGUGUUAUCGUGGCCAAAAGUGGAAAAACACGGCUAGAUAAAAUUAACGCUGCCUUACUAUUUUUAUAUAAGGCCGUGUAGGUUCAUAAAAUAAGGUGGUGCUACUUACAACAGACAGAGUUUCUUCCUAUCUACGUCGUAAGAAAGUUUGUAAAAUCUACUGUUGUUGUUGAAUUGGCAAAAGUGAUCCGUGAUGUUUUAAUAUUUUGAUGGAUAAUGGGAACUGUAUGGUGUUAAAAUGGUUUUAAAUACCCCCAAGAGUUGCUGAAAUAACUUAAUAUUUUAAUGUUAGUGCGCAAUAUGAGCGUAUGCUCGCCUUGUAUUUGGUUGCAAAGCAUAGAACAACCACAAGCAUAGUUGUUGUUGGCGAGCAUAACUAGAACCGUGAUUUUGCUAUUCAAGGUAAUUGACAUGUGCACACCCUGGUCAUUAGAAGCACGCGCAAGAUCUAAAAUCCUAGCUAAGAGCCUAAGACCCUGGGGUGAUUAUAAAUUAGAGAAUACUUAUGUUUUGUAUGUGGCUUAUAGGUGAAAAACACAUUUUAUAAUAUAAUAAUCCGGCCGUUGAGAAAGAUCGUGACUCUAUCUUUACGACCGUUACGAACACAUGGAAACCUAGCUUUUAUACAAUUAUUACUUUUUUUGCAACAGUAAAUUCGCCAUAACUGAUCUGGUGCGUACACGUAUACAUAGCUCAAACCCAACCCACAGCUGUAAUCACUGUGCCACCUACUAUGAUACGGUUGAAGUAGAAAAUCCUAAAAAACCUAAAUGUGGGCUUUUCACAAGCCAUCGGGCCGGUGCUUUAUCCCGGUUACUGAAGGCCCAAUUACAGUGGUGGCCUAACAUCCAACCUCGUAUCCAGGCUAUUUUCUCUCACACUCUGGUGCCACGGCCACCUGGCCCAAACAUGUCUAAAUAUUGGGUUCGCUGCUUAUUUGUCAAAUAUCUUGGAUGAAAUCACAAGAUUGAAAAUCUGUGCUUUAAAACAUUCGUGAAAGAAACGGUAUAAAAGAUUAUUUGAAAAUUAAUGAGAAAAAGAAUGAACCUGGAAAUAAUAUUAAAGGCUCAGUGUCACCUAUUGAGCGAUGAUAUUUAUUUGCUAAAAUUUACUGAUUCCAUUUGAUUUUAUACACGAACUUUUUCAAACUGGACCAUGUGCGCAUGCUCAGCAAUAAAUUUAUAGCUAUUUAAACCUUAACAGGGCAAGCUUUCAUGCUAACGCCCAUUAGUUGUACCUACUGAACCAUAGCACGUGGGCAAGGCUUAACAGCUCUAUACCUAUAUUGUUCGUGACCAUUGAAAUACAAACGGACACUAAAACUGCCUCGCAGUAUCUUUCAAUCAGUUGUCUGUUUUGUUUACAGAGGCCCUGCUGGUGAUUGGUAUGAGGCAAUAACGGGAUUAUUACGUCAGAGUAAAACUGUUCGUUUGUGGUUUGCUCAGAAUGUCUUGUUUGCUCAUCCCGAAAGAAUUUCAGAAUAUCUGUUAGAAUCACCAACAGCAGAGGUACAAAUAAUUUGAUGGUAUACAGUAGUUUUGAAUUGUAGAAUUGUAGUAGAAGUGUCGAAGAUGGUCGUUGUCUUUCGCCUGUAACCUCGUGCAUUACAUGCAACUGUUAAUGCCAACAGAGUACUUACAUUUAAUAAGGGUAUUCUAAAACCUAUGUUACCUGACAUCGACAGCAAUUAUGCAUCCUGAGUCUCACGCCUCCCAACACACACACGCGCGCGCACACAAAAUACGUCUAUCUUCAAAAAGAAUGAAAAUAUUUUAUGUCAGUUUUAUAAGAAGCAAAGUAUUUAUAGUAAAAAUCCAACACUCUAUUGUCAACAUAACGUUGGCUCAAGCCGGGCUAUCGUUAGUCUCCUGUGCAUACCUAGGGUAUCACACACACUUCAUAUCAUGCCUGUAUCUUUUAUUUUUGUGGAGGAGUUAACUUGUGACUUCAAAAUUCUUAAGUUUCGAGAUUUUAAAGGUUACAUUUUAGAAUUUGACCUACCCCGCCCCUAGGAUAAUGGGGGUAUCCCUCUCGAUGGCUCCCUAACUUCUGUAGCCUAGCUUGAUAUAAACGAAUUACGUAGUAGUAAUAAUGUAAUAAAAGAAUGGUGUGUUUCUCUGCAGGUACGUACGAUGUUCUCGAAGAUGUUGGUAUUUCUAUGUCGUGUAUCUAGACCUGAUGGUGAAUGUGAUCCUCCUUACGUUUUGGAAGAAAAACAAAUGGACGCAAAUAAAGGUAAGAUAUACACGUCUCCCAAGUUAUGUGUUUUGCAUAUUGUGCGUUUAAUUUCAACAGACGCGCAUGUGUGUGACCUGGUUUUUCUUUGUGUUGCAUUAAAUAUUUAAUUUUCCAAUAAUAAAUUUAUCCAUUGUUUGUAGAUUACCCAUUCAGGUCUGCCGAGAGAUUUAACUUGGCACGGGAAAAUUUUCCAUGGGUCCCUCUGGCCAAUCUCGUACUAGCCCUGGGUACGAGGUUGCCCUGUGGCGUCUUUUUUCAAACAGCAGAAUCGUUGCUAUAUAACUCUGAAUUUACCAGCAUACAAGGGCUUGAACCACAGAGAUGGGCCCCCACUUUAGUUUGUAAAAUGACCCACGUGCCUGUUGACUGUGGCAAGAUAUUUGGGACGUUGGGUCGUCAGGAAGAGACAGCUCAGUCGUUCGGUUAACAAGUUAAUAUUAUAUGAUUUUCUAUGUUUUACACUCGCAUCCAUACUGUCAAAGAUCUACUCAUUAACAAUGAAAUCAUAAUUGUAUUUCCUAACAGUUUCCAUUGUUUAGUUCAUGUCAUUCCAUCACAUUUCAUCGCUCAUGUGUCUUGAUGCUAAGAUAACUCUCCUUAACGAGUGAAAUCGUCUGGCGUUAGACAAAGUAAAAUAACACUGUAGGGCGCAUUAUGGGCCACUUAAAGGUUUAAUAUUAAGUUAUUUAAUUUAGUACAGGUUCCCGUUCACUUUUUGGCAACAUGCUGAGAUUACCCAGAAUAGAUAAUUAUUUUCGUUCAGUAAGAACAUAUACAUGCCCAUAUCCGUUAUGCACCAUGUAUCACCCGUAUAUGAACACGUAUGAGAAAUCCCGGCAAGUGUAUAAUGUAAUUUUCUGUGUUAUUCUCAGAUAUCUCAAGAACUGUCCUGAGUGAAUAUUUACUCCGUGCUAUAUUGAAGUUACUACAUAAAGAAGUGCCGGAAAAUGGACGGAAUUUACAUCAAUAUUUCUCAUUCUUUUGGAUGUACGCUAAUCUCGGUGUUGCUGAGGUAUCGAACGCAUUUUAUUUCUUUAGUUUUUUUAGUUACCAUACAAACCCCCUCGAUGGUUUGUUCUGAUAGACUUCUCCAAAUGUUUGAAAUUCCAAGAAGAAGGGUGGGGAUGUUUUAGUGAAAGAUUAUGCACAGCUUAUAUUUAACUUGAAUAGGGGUGCAACUGCGAUGAGUAUAGCUAUAGUAUACAGAAACAGUAGCCUAAUUCAAUUCAUACAAGAGCGUGUAUAUAUAUAUAUAUUAUUUAUUAUACGCUUACAUGCUAUUUACCAAUCACGAGUCUUCAAUUGGGUCACGUGCAUGGAAUUGUACGAGUUUUUUUUAUGCACACUUGUUUUCAAAAACUAAGUUAUUAACUUUUUUGUUUAGUUAUUUAAUUAAGCAAUUUCACCGCCGAUGUGUGAUACAUGUUGUCGCUGUAUUAUUCUCGCUAUAUUACUACAGUUCGAUGUAAUAAAACAGCUAUUGGAUUCAUCUUCGCCCAAUAUGGCAAAUGGGCUCGACCUUCGCUCUCGACUUAAUAUUUUGCCAUAUUGAGCUCAGAAGAAUGCAAUUUGGAAAUGAAAACAUGAAAUACAUUACUCACUCAUUUGAAUGGCACAUGCAACAACAUUCUUUUUUCAGCACUGUGUUUCGAUAAAAUUGCACUCCUCUUAGCCAGUCAGAAUGGAAUAUUUUUUUCAUGUGUAUAUUAUUAGGCUACAUAUCUCACAAUCUUGCUAAUCUUAAGUAUUGUGUAGAUUGUAUUUUUGGUUUUAUAACAUCGAGUAAAAUGUCAAUUUACUCUAUGUAUAUGUAAAAUAACUCGUUGCAAAUUAAUUAAAAUCGUUAGUUCGUGAUCACAGCUUUAAUCUGACUGUCUCUGACCGUUUUCACAUGGUGGCAGGUAAUCUGGAUAAUUGAGUUACCUGCCAGUUGGCUAAUGGUUGCAUUUUGCGCAAUUUUCGGUCUAAUAAUAUACAUAAAGAUAUUACUUGACUGUGAUUGGUUGAUUUCAGUGCAGUUAAUCCCAAACAGCAGUGCAAUUUUCUGUAAUCACAGUGCAUUUUUGUGUAAUUACAGUGCAAUUUUCUGUAAUCACAGUGCAAAAAUCUGUAACAAACUGAUCUGAUUGGUGGAAAAACAUUGUGGUGAUUAAAUCAACCAAUCAGUUUAAAGCAAUUUAGUUUAAAGAAUUAACGGUCACAGAUUGCUUCAAAACAAAACAAACAUGGCGCCGCGCUAUACAAAGUAAAACUUGGCUUCGCGUGGAAAAUAUGCCUUUUAUCUUUAUUUUUAAAUGUAAAAGCAUUUACCGUAAACAAGACUAACAAAAAUUACAUAGUUGAGUGGAAUUUUCAAGCUGUUAGCGUUGUAUAAUGUGAUAUAACAAAGCCAGGAAAACUUUGCCAGUGGAAUGUUCGCUAUAAACGCGUAAAUUAAAACUACAAUUGUCUCGAACAUUUUUAUGUAAAUUAUUAAUAAGUAAUAGCAUGGUGUCUCGUGAAAUUUGGAUAAACAUGCACACGUGAGUUUUUCAAAUACCUCAAAUAGCACUCGUCCUUCGGACUCGUGCUAUUUUGAGGUCUUUGAAAAACUCACUCGUGCAUGUUAUAUCCAAAUUACACUCGAAACCAUGCUAUUAUUACAUAUACUAAUCAUAUAGAGGGCGAAAUUGCUCAAAUAUGAUUGGCUAAUGAGGAGGGCAUUUUUUCUUAAUUCAGGGCAAAAUUACUUGUACCUGAUUGGCUGAGACGCAAGCGCGGGAAGUUUCUUGUUUUGAAUAGCAAUAAAAACAAUGGCUUCUCGCUUUGUCGUCGCGGAUAAUGAUUUUAUUGAAGAAUUAAAAACUUCUAGUGAAAACUUGAACACUAGAAAAAGUACAAAUUUAUUGGUUGGAGUAUUUAAGAAAUGGGCAGCAUUAAUUUGUUAAGGAACAUCGGCGAAGAUAUGAAGACAUACGAGGUUCAAGAACUUGACAAGUUCACAAUUAACUUACGAAUAAAUUUUGCCCUCUAUGAUUAACAAGUAAUCGCAUAGUUCCUCGUAAAAUUAAGAUUUAAUUUCACUUGUGUUUUCAAAGUGUGAAAGCAAUUUGUGAAACUUUGAAAACACGCAUGAAAUUAAACCUUAAUUUUACUCGGCCCCAUGCGAUUACCUAUACUAAUUAUUAUAAAAUUAUGGUUAAUUUAGAUAUUCUUUAUUCAGUCUUUGCUUGCCUUACAGAAAAAACAACUGUUAAGUCUGGAUGUACCAGCAUUAUUUAUUCAAGUUGCUUUGGAUGAAGGUCCAGGAUUAUCAAUUCGUUAUCAGUAUCCUGAAUUAGGAAAACUUCAUGCAGUUGUCUCCUGUCUAAUUCGGUCAUGUGAUGUAUCGAGUAGAUGGCAGUCAUCUGCGGUAAGUAUUUUGACUUUAAUGCAUGAGCUUGUUUCACACGGUAAGAUAAGCAAAAGAACUUAAUCUUAUGGGUCGAGCUGGUAGUUUGUGAUGACAUAAAACAACAAAGACAUGUUGAGACUUGGAGGCAGCAGUAUACAUGCGUAACACAGGAACUAGUACACAACGUAACCUUGGCUCAACCAUCUGAGAUUCUGAGUCCUUGUAGCUCAAUAGUUGGAGCGUCUGCUCGGUUAUCAAGAGGUUAUACAGUACGUGGUUUAUUCCCGUCACGGCUCAGACGUUUUUCUCAGAUGUAAGCUUGAUACGCACGCGCAACCAAAAUCAUAUACUUUGCACAACAGAUAUUAAUUUCUCCUUAGAGGCUUGUACUACUGCAUGCUAUGUCUUUGUUUAGCCUUGUGUCUUUGCUUGUGCUUCUGUUUAUCUCACUUCACGCGUGAAGUAAUGUGGAAGACCACAAUAGUUCAUCAACUUGUGCUGUUUUAGUGCUAACCCUCGUUUAACAUAAGUAUAUGCAGUAGAACGCUCGCAACUGCUCUUUUAACAGCACUAGGUAGUACAGGUUCCAAUUCUGCUACAACGUUUUGAUAGCAAGGCGUAUUGCCAUGGCAACAAUGUAGCAACAGAGCAGCACCAACUAUCUGGCACAAACCUUGCUUCAAUCUAUUUAGCCACAUUAAAUAAAGUUGUUCAUUUAUUUAAGCAAUAUAUCGUACACAAGAAGUUUAUCGUAGUUGAGAUACUGAGAAUUGUGUUCAGGCAUUAGCCAAAUUUUUAACAAAAGUCACUACAAUCACUACCAUAUUAAACAAUCUGUCACAGAAGCUCACAAACGAAUCAAUAAGUUGAGUGAAAUUUAUUUGAAAACUCCUCAAGGCCACUGAUUUUCAUUAGAAAAGAGCUAUACUGCGCGUGAACUUAAAGAGUAAUGAUAAUUCAGAACCAUUACAAGACGAUGACAGACAGACGUUUUAAAAUCUAACCCAACUUUCAUGCGAAGAGCAGCCCACAUUGUUCAAGCCCCUUUCGCAUUGUGUUCGAAGUCAGAUGAGGAGUUGUUUGCAUAUUUUUAUCCAGGAAGGAAGAGAACCCAUUAGAGUGAAGGAAAUGGAAUUAAUCAUGAAGAUCCAAGAAAAUGUUGACGAUCAAAUUUUUGAAAGAGCGAAGUAAGGAUAUCAUGUUCUUUUAUCAUUACGUAUCCAUUGCAGUAUUUUCGCGUUUAUUGCCUCUACUUAAUUUGUUCCUGAAAGGUGCAAAGUAAAGUGCUUCAGUCAUUAGUUGCUCAGAAACAUUGUUUCCUGGCCAUGUUUGUUAGAGAUUGGGAAAACUAGGAAACAUUGUUCCUUCAACAAAAAUCACACAUGCAUGCGAAACAAAUAUUUCUACUUUCUGGAAAGCAAAUUUUGAUUCUGUAACAUCGGCAACAAUAUUUCCAAAGAUGGGCAAACCUGGGAAAAAUUCUUGGAAACAUAGUUGCAAUCUUUCCGCAGCAAUGUCUUACAUUUUUCCCAGCGACAAGUGAAAAUGCUGCAGUAUUUAAAUAUUUCAAAACUAAAUUACCCUAUUGUUUUAGUUAUGUAAAGAAAUUGAUUGAAAAUCAAACCGAAGCUGAGGAAACAGUACAACUGUUAAAGGUGAGUUAAAUAUAAGAUCCAUAUUAAUUUCCUUCCCCGAAAAUAUUUGCAAUAAAAAAGAAAAAUGGUUGAUCAUAUUUUCUGCCACCGAACUAGUACUUUCAGGAAAUAAUUUUCUCCAGUGCUCCUAUUGCAUCAGCACCUAUUAAAACAGCAGAAACAAUAAUUCAAUUAUAUCUCCUGGCUUGUGGAAAACACCACGUAUAUUUUUUGUUGCUUUCCACAAGCCAAGAGAUAUAUAGUUUUAACGCCAUGCAAACUUUCAAGGAACAUGAUAAUUCAGUUGAUAGGUUCUUGAGCUUGCGGAAAGGUUCCCUGAACUGGGAAGGCAAACUUGGGAGAGGGCAUGAGUGGAAAAAUAGCGAGCCUUGGGAAUUUUUGAGGAUGAAAAGGAAAAAAGAAAAUAUGAAAAUGAAAGCAGCCAAAUGAACGAUGCAGUUGAAUAGAUAGAAAGUAUACCCUCAGUGACUCCAUGCACAGUGGACUUGAUUAAAUAUUAACCAUAACCAUUCCAUCAUGCAUAAACAAAACAGUAACCUCGCAGAAAAUGUUCCCAUGCUCCCUUGGAGUUCCGAAAAUUAAAAUAUUUAUCCACCGUGGGAGAGAGGAGCCCAGCAAGGGAGAUUGACCCACGGCCACAGGACGUUAUAUUUAAAAGAGCCAUGUCAAUACCGCAUUACCUCCUGUCCUUCUUUGAAAGCCCCUGCGUAUUCUAUAUAUUUAUCUAGAACAAAAAAUUUCUCAAACUCUUUCGAUUUUUUCAAUUAGCAUUGUUGCUGGGAAAAUCCUCAUUUCUCGUGGUUAGUUUUAAAGGAACUUCUAUUCCAGGUAUGUUUAAUUUAUUUUUAGAGGAUAUAAUAUACUAUGACCAGACAGGGUUCGUACAGAACUUGAAAGUCCUUGAAUGUCCUUGAAUUUGAAAACAAAAAUUCAAGGCCUUGAAUAUCCUUGAAUUUGUAAAGAAGUUCUUGAAAGUCCUUAAAUUUUUCUUGCUUUUGCUUUUCGAUAUUGUUCAGAAUUGUUUGACAUUCAAAACGGACAUUUUGUUGGAUUCAUUUUGCAUGUUCAUAUCUGACAAAGCUGUUUGAAACUCAUUAAAGUUGCGUUUUGAACAAUUCAACAUCAGAUUUACUGAUUUCUAACCCCUUUCCUUCAGUAUUUAGUCCUUGAAUUUGCUGAUACAUGGCCUUGAUGUCCUUGAAAAGUCCUUGAAUUUGACUCUUUCUCACAUGUACGAACCCUGCUAGAGAAAUAUAGGAUAAAAAUAUGAUUUUGUUGCUGUGUUAUUAUGCAACUUAGUUAAUUGAUUUCAGUUGUUCAUUGUUUUCAUGUUUUGUCACAUGUUUUGUUAUGUAAUUUGAGCGCUAAACCUCUUUCUUGCUUAUCACAGAAAUAGAAAAUUAUCGUCACGUUUUAUGUUCAAUAAAGCUUAUAUAUUUGAUUUAAAGAGUCGCAAAGAUGAGACAGGAGUGACGAAUAUAAAAUGUCAUUUUCCUAAUAUUAUUUGCCUCUCCUGUUACCUCCCUGAUCACAUGACCAUAUAUUGUCACAGUGUCUUCAAUAAGCACCAUACAAAAUAUAUAAAAUGUAUUCAGUACCGAUGUGACUUUUUCUGUGCAAAUUAAAGAAGCCUGAUUAUCUUCAUACCAGCCUCGUACCCAGGCGCUUUGAAUUGCUACGCUGUCGCGUGAAGAGCACGCGGGACGACACGCAUUCUGGGUACGAGGUUGUCUUUACAAAGUCACUGUAAAAAUCAGAAUCAGCCGACAAUGAAAAUAUGUUGAAAAUACAAUGUAUAUGAAUACUUUGAAGUCUGUAAUAGAAUGAAACAUAACUAUGGAUUGAUUGCCAACGGCAAGUUGGCAACGUCCGGUUUCAUAUAUAUUUUUAUAUAACCCAUGCCUUACGGCAAGUAUUCAAUAAUCAGUGAUGAUCGGAAAUAAAAUUCCGGUUUUACCACUGUUCGCCAUUUAACAUUGUAACCAUAUUCAGAUCGCUAUUUUAUCUAACCACAAAUUACAACCUGUUAUCCAUUUUUCAAGAUAUCGUGUUCUUACACAUAUGAAAUGAGACCGUUUGUUGAUCUAUUAUUGGAAAUGACGCUACUUAAUGACUCCUGGCAAAAACAUCGCGUUGUCAAUAUUUUAAAAGGUG